AUGUCCAACCCAGAUGACUCUAUCAUGCUCCCUCAACCUAUAGGCACUCUCGGUACCCUCUUCCUAGUCAAACGUAAGGCAGGAGUAGAUCUUCAGAGCUUUCCAAUAGAUUCUGAACAGGUCACCAUAGGGCGUGAUUACGAUUGCGAUAUCCGACUUUAUUUUUCAGACGUCUCUAAACUUCACUGUGAAAUCAGCUUCGAUCCGAGCAAUGGACGGGCAACUCUCAAUGUCUUGGGGUCAAAUGGACUGUAUCACACUCCUGCCGAGGGCAUGUCUACUCAUUACCAGCCGCCGUCAGUGAUCGAACUGUCCGACAGGGACACAUUCUCCAUUCGCAAAAAGGUCUUUCGUUUCGAGUAUCCAACUCCUGGAUUGACAGAGGAUAUAGCUGGACUCAUGUCGCCUAUCGUCAAGUCUUCUACGUUACCGCCAGCUUCGCCUUCCCCCAACAAGGAUUGGCCCUCCGACGCAACUCAGCCUUUCCAUAGGAGGGCCUCUCAUCGAAUGUCCCUUGUGCCUCCAGGCAAAACAUUCGUACCCUUUUCGCCUGCCAAACCGAGUCGACGGCACAGCGUGCUAGGUUUGGGCGAUGCGAGCUCGACUGGAAUGAUGCCCGGAUCUGGGCUGAAUCACGAGAUACCUCAAGAGGCCGACGAGAACGAACAGAUGGAAGAUGCCCCUGCAGACCUACUCGUCGAUGUUACUGAAGGGGAAGAUGGCGAUGUCGUGUAUUUGGAGGUGAAGGAUGAAGACCUCAUGGCCGGUCACUCGGUGAAGCCCAUCUAUCAAAGAUCCUUCUCGACUCCACAGCCAUCCCGCAAGCUAACACCACGCAAUACCUCCGCGGUGCCACGCACUCGCACAUUUCUGCCAAUCCCUACCCUCAGCCCAGCCCCUCCGCCUCAAGCGAUGGCUCGGCAGCUCGUACCAGCCCAAGUGGCACUGUCCACUCCACGAGGGUCGUCAUCUUUACGUAAAUCACUUCUGCUUCGUUCGGCCCGUAGGGUGUGGGAAGAAAAUCUCUCUCCGGGCCUGGAGGGAGCCAUACAAUCCGGCGAUGUGGAGAUAAAGCGCAAGAGUCUCAGCCCCAAGUGGACGGGGAAGAAGAGCUUGACCCCUCGACCAUCUCUUGGGAGCGAUGAUGAUAGUGAGAGUGAUGAAGAUCAGGGGGACAAUCAGAUACAACAACAGGAGACGACGGAGGAAGCUCAAGCGGUGCCUUCAAACGAAGAAGAUAUGGAUAGCCUCGAGGCUGAUAUAUCUCUUGAUCUGGAGGUGAAUACUCUAUAUGGUGACCCGCUGAUCAAACAGACAGAGGAUCAUAUCUCCGAGCUUGCUGCCCAGCUCAAUAUCGAGCAAAUGGAGAAUGACGGAUACGACGAGGAUGACUAUGAGAUGGAGGAGGAAGCCGAGGUGAACGGAGACCAAGAGGCCGGAUUUGUCGAAGCCACGGGCGACGCUCCUCGGAGUGACGAGCUACCUCCUGCUGAAAUCGGAGUCGAAGAGGAGAUGGACGUUGUGGGAACGCCCGUCGCCCGACAUUCAUCAAUUAACCGGUAUUUCACCCCGCAAGUCCAUCGGUAUGGAUCUGACCAGUCUCGUCGCUCAUUGGCGUCAAUCGGCGGACCUCCUGUUCGCUUCGAGCGUCUUCCAGUGACUCCUAACGUCCACGGAGGUUCUGUGGUACGCACCGUUCCGACCCCGGGUACCAUGGGUCCACCUAGUCGACGCCUCAUGUAUCCGCCAUUGCCCGUGCAGUCAGAGAUGGUAAAGCUCCCCCAAACGCCAGCGAAAGUACCAGAGAGUCCUGCGUUGUUGGCAGAGGUCAAACGUCGACGAGAAACUUUAGCCACUCCUCGGGCUCUCCCUGCACCCCCUCCCAGCUUCAAAACACCGAUCCACUCCACAUCUCUCGUCAAGUCGAUGUCACACCCAGCUCUAGCAGGUUCACCAGAGUCCAUCGCCAGCCCCGACAAAGUCCCUAACACCCCCAUGAAUGCGCUCAAAAAACGUAUGCAAGAUCUACGUCAACAGAGCGUUCAACGUCAGGUGGCGCGCGAGAAUCGGAGAGCGACAAUGGGUCUCGCAAUGCCCGAAACGCCCAUGAGACCCAAUAUGAACAAGUCGGCCUCCUUCACCGUUGGACCUGCGAGACGAUUCGUUCAAUUUGGUAGUGCCCCAACACCAAGGUUCAGAGCGAAGCCUGAGCUCGAUGUAGUCCCUUCGAGUCCUGCCAAGUCGGAGAAUGAACCAGUCGAGCCGACACAAUCUCCCGUCCGGGUAAUUUCUCCUCGAAAACAAGCCACGCCGCCAACACCCCCAUUCAAAGGCAUCAGAGAAGUGUCACCUCCUCCCCAGCAACCGAAGACACCCUUUAUGGGAGAUCUCAAGACUCUCUUCCCAGCGGAAAUCGACCAGGAAACGCCUUCAAUGACAGGAAUCAAGGAGAUGUUGCAGCCUCCUCCUGUCAUCCCGCCCACUCCGAGUUUUUCAGGCAUGAAGAGUCUGUUCCAAGCUCACAAGGAAGUUGCGACUCCCAGUAUGGAUGGUGUGGCGGAGAUGUACGAGCUGGCAGGAUCGCAACUUCGGAUUGAGGAGAGUACAGCGGAAGUCGAGGCGGCGGAGGAACCGGUGGUUAUCAAAGUCUCGGUGGAAAAAGAGUCACGUUCUGCUCGAUCGCGUGCUGCUACAAAGCGUCAAGCCUCGCCUACGAAGACCGUCAAGCCCACUUCAUCAGCUCCUCGGGCCUCACCACUCCCAGCUACAAUCACGGAGCCCGUACAAGGCGCUAACGGCACAACGAGCAAAAUACCCACACGACGAGGCAAGACUGGUACCGUACCACCCACAACGGAUGAGACACGCAGCAAGUCGACGCGAGGGAGAAAAGGAACCGCCAGUGUCGAGCCUGCUCCCGUCGAGACCGGAGUGAAGGUAACAAAAUCGCGGUCGACAAGGUCAAAGACGGCUGAAGUGCCUGCCCCUACGCCUGUAACAGAAGUAUCUGAACAAGUGGAAGAGAAACCAUCUGUCAAGACGAGUACAACUUCACGUUCUCGUUCCACUCGGUCCGUCAAAGCAGUCGAGCCUAUGACACAGGAAGUUUUAUCCGUUCCAUCAGUCGAGCCACCCAGCAAGCGCGGGAGGAAAAAAGCAUUAAACGAGAGUACUCCUCAAACCGUACUCGAACCGGAUCUCGAGACUGUCACUAAGCCCACGUCGAAGUCGAAACGUGCGCCUGCCAGUCACCCAGGAGUGAAGAGUGCAAGUAGGACAAUAAUUGAAAAGGAGAAAUCUGAACCUUCUCGGAUGACGAGAACGAAGACGGUGGAGACGAAAGGAAAGGAGAACGAGCCGGAAGUGGAUAUGAAGAAAGCGGUGAGGACGAGGGCGGCAGUGGGAGAGAACGUAGUAAAAGAGGCUCCUUCGAGAUCUACAAGAAGCAGGAAAUGA